CACACGAUCAGAGACGCGCACAAAACACGACGGCGCAGUCUCCGCCACACUCGCAAGUCGCAACCACCUGUCCACUCCGCCGCCGCCUGAGCUCCGGCGACGGAGGAAGCCGCCGCCAUUCCCACAGAGACUGUCUCCAUGCCUGCCCCGCCCGACCAGCCCGCAGCCACUAGCGCUGGGGAUGCCUCGACUGAUCCUACUGCCGCCGCUGUUUGCGACGACGUGCACGACUCCAAGGAGGUCGUCCUGCGGCGGUACUUCCUCCAGGAAUGGGAGCUGGUCUCCGCCAUCCUCCGCCGCAUCGUCGCCGCUGGCGGCGUCGCGGAGCCCGCCGACGUCCACAGGAUCCGCUCCAUCAUGGACAAAUAUCAAGAAGAAGGUCAACUUCUCGAGCCAUACCUAGAAGACAUCAUCUCACCACUUAUGUCGUUGGUUCGAUCAAAGAUAAUGGAACUUGGUGCUGCCACAGAUGAGCUCCUUGAAAUCAUCAAGCCUCUGUGUAUUAUCAUCUACACCCUGGUUACAGUCUGUGGGUAUAAGAGCGUCAUCAAGUUCUUCCCUCAUCAGGUUUCAGAUCUAGAGCUUGCGGUUGCUCUCCUUGAGAAGUGCCAUACAAUGAGCUCAGCGACGGCUCUUAGGCAAGAGAGCACAGGAGAAAUGGAGACCAAGUGUGUCGUUCUGUUGUGGCUUUAUAUACUGAUCUUAAUUCCAUUUGAUAUCUCCUCCGUUGACACGAGCAUUGCUGCCACUGAUCACGUGUCCGGGUCCGAGGUUGUUCCGCUUGUGACAAGGAUAUUGGACAUCUGUAAGGAUUAUCUCUCCAACUCUGGUCCAAUGAGAAGGAUGUCCGGGUUGCUGCUUGCAAGGCUGUUGACUCGCCCAGACAUGCUGAAGGCUUUCAGCAGUUUUAUGGAAUGGGCACACAAAAUCUUGUUGUCUGUCACAGAUGACUUUGUGGAUCAAUUUAGGUCCAUUGGCAUAGUGGAAGCUUUAGCAUCAAUAUUUAAGAUUGGUAACAGGAGAGUGCUACAUGAUGCCAAUUCUGGUAUUUGGAACGACUGUUCAUUUGUGAUGAAGACUAAUAUUGCCAUCAGAAGUCCCCUCCUUAGGAAAUUUCUGGUCAAACUGGCACAGCGAGUUGCUCUCAUUAGCUUGGCUCCCCGUACGCCAUCAUGGCGCUAUCAGUCAAUAAGUAGUUCACUGGGUGCAAACCUUUUAAGUUCUACUGCUGCGUCUUCAAGUGGAUCAACCCGACAAGUGAACAUUGAUCAAACAGACACAUGUGGGUUGGAAGAAGAUAUGGAUGUUCCAGAAAUUGUGGAAGAGAUAAUCGACUUACUAUUGACUGGCUUGAGGGAUUCGGAUACUAUUGUGAGAUGGUCUGCUGCCAAAGGUGUCGGUAGAAUAACUGCACGUUUAACACCUGCACUGUCUGAAGAAGUUCUAUCAUCAAUCUUGCAGCUUUUUUCUCCUGGUGAGGGUGAUGGUUCCUGGCAUGGAGGCUGCUUGGCUUUGGCUGAACUUGCUCGGAGGGGGCUGUUGCUGCCUUCUAGCUUUCCUGAUGUUAUUCCCGUUAUAACGAAGGCUUUACACUAUGAUGUGCGUAGAGGUCCACAUAGCAUUGGUUCACACGUAAGAGAUGCCGCAGCAUACGUUUGUUGGGCGUUUGGUCGUGCCUAUACUAACUUAGAUAUGAAGGCGGUCUUGGAACAACUUGCUCCCGACCUUCUAACGGUUGCUUGUUAUGAUCGAGAGGUUAAUUGUAGAAGAGCUGCUUCUGCUGCCUUUCAAGAGAAUGUUGGAAGACAGGGAACUUAUCCGCAUGGCAUUGAUAUUGUGAAUACAACAGACUACUUUGCACUAGCUUCACGAUCAAACUCUUAUCUGAGUGUCGCUGUUUCUGUUGCUCAGUAUAAGGAGUAUGUUUAUCCCUUUGCAGAAGAGCUGCUGUGCAAUAAAAUAACUCACUGGGAGAAAAGCUUGAGAGAGUUGACGGCGCAGGCCCUUGCUUUGCUUGUGCAAUAUGAUAUGGAUUACUUCUCUGGGCAUGCCCUUAAAAAGUUAAUUCCCUGCACUCUAUCAUCAGAUCUGUGCACUCGACAUGGGGCCACUUUAGCUGCUGGCGAAAUUGCUUUGAAGUUGCAUCAGCUUGGUUUCAUUUUUUCCACAGACAUGCAGAGAGGUUUGUCAGGCAUUGUCCCUGCAAUUGAAAAGGCACGCCUUUAUCGAGGUAAAGGAGGAGAGAUUUUGCGCUCUGCUGUUUCUCGAUUCAUUGCAUGUAUUUCCAUGGCUGCAAUAUCCUUGAAUGAGAAGACGAAGAGAAGUUUAGUUGAAACCCUUAACGAGAAUUUGAAGCAUCCCAAUUCUCAAAUACAGUGUGCCGCUGUUGACGCUUUGAAGCAUUUUAUUCCAACAUAUCUGGUUUCUGCUGGUGAAAAGAUUGCUAAUGAUGUCAUUUCGAAGUAUGUGACGCUUCUAGAUGACCCGAAUGUAGCUGCAAGACGAGGCGGGGCGCUGGCCCUUGGAAUAUUACCGUACGAGUUCUUGUUACUAAAAUGGAUGCCUGUCAUGAGUAAGCUCUGUAGCUCAUGCACAAUAGAGGAUAAGGCUGAUGAUCCUGACGCUGAAGCACGUGUGAAUUCUGUUAGGGGGCUAAUUCUGGUUUGCGAAACAUUAACAUCUAAUGUUGAUCAGAGCUCAGAUAUUGGAGAAUCUGUAUAUGCAUACAUAAAAGUUGAGGUCAUGCCAGCUUUAUUCAGAGCACUUGAUGAUUAUGCUGUAGAUAACAGAGGAGAUGUGGGUUCUUGGGUACGUGAAGCAGCAAUGGAUGCGCUAGAAAGAUGCACGUUCAUCCUCUGCAAGAGAGAUGCUGUUGCAGUGAGAACAGCGCCAGCUGCUGAGGAUAAGUCUGAGCCAAGCGACAUGGAUGCAAAUGCAAUUAGUACCACAUGCCAACUAUUUGAUUCUUCUAUUGCACAGGGUCUGGUCGCUGGCAUUGCAAAGCAGGCAGUUGAGAAAAUAGAUAAGAUAAGAGAAAUAGCAGUCAGGACUCUGCACAGGAUUCUGUACAACCAAGAACAGUUUGUCCCGUCUAUACCUUACAGGAAGCUGUUGGAAGAAAUUAUUCCUAACAAUUCUGAUUUGGAGUGGGCAGUUCCUACAGUAUCAUAUCCACGAUUGGUGAAGAUUCUUCAGGCUGGCUGUUACAGCAAGCCUGUGCUUUCAGGGCUUGUGAUUUCUACCGGUGGGUUGCAGGAGUCUUUGAGGAAAGCUUCAACAUCAGCUUUAGUAGGAUACUUGCAAGAUUCAAGUAUUAAUAUAGAUGAUGAAGGGAAAAGUAGAGAGUAUCUAUUGAGUCAUGACAUUUUGUGGGUUCUCCAGCGUUACCAGAAGUGUGACCGUGUAAUUACACCCACAUUGAAGACCAUCGAGACUCUGCUCAGUAAACAGGUUUUCUUGAACAUGGAGGGGCAUGGCGACUUCUACAGUGAAUUGGUAAAUUUGCUAGGCCCUGAACUGAAGGGAUCAAAGGACUUCACGAAGUUAUGUGCAGGCCUCUCAAUCCUGGGAUAUAUUUCUUCACAAUUGGACGGAACUGGCACCAGGGCAUUCUCUCAACUUCUAGUGUUCCUAGGCCAUAGAUACCCCAAGAUCCGGAAGGCUGCGGCUGAUCAGGUGUACCUUGUGCUGCUGCAAAAUGACAGUCUGAUCUCGGCGGAAGAUAUGUAUAAAGCCCAGGAAGUGCUCGCGGAGACAUGCUGGGAAGGAGACGUCGAGGAAGCGAGGCACAAGAGGUCUGAAUUGAAUGCGAUGGCUGGUUUUGGCGUCGCCACUUCGCAGAAGUCCGAGAAUAGACAGGGAGCAAGAGCUCCCGAUGUUCGAAAUGCUGCUUCAACUGAUGAGAACACGUCGUAUUCCUCACUGGUUGAAUUCAGUGGGUACUAGGAAGCAGGGGGCCGUCGUUCUCCCCUUCUAUAAUGUACACCGUUGUGCACUACACUUGUACAAUAGUUCGUUUCAGUGUUAUCUCAAUUUUGUAUAUUAGGCAUUUGAGACAUUUUUUGUUGGAAGAAACACAUUACACGCAACAGCAGCAGCUUGGUUCAUGAUCAACAAGGUUUGCAAGAAGCUUUUCUGCUA